GAAACUUCUUUUAAAAACAUUAAAAAUCUUACCGAUCCCAAACUUUUGAAUGAUAGUGUAUAUACAUUACUUAAAAAAUGACCACGUAUGAAGGGUGAGAGAAAUUGGGGACUCCCUCAUUGCCAUUGUUGUAGUACAUCCUCCAUGUAGGUCAAAACAUAAAGGACGACCAACACAGGCUUAGUGAAACAACUAUACAUUACUAUUGAUAUCUAUAGAGCUUUAAUCCCAUGACCUUUUGGCUGUCAAUGAGACCCAAAUCAGUGUCUAUGUGAUCUAUUGUUCCACCUGUCCUUGAGCGAGUUGAACAGGUUUAAAGUUUAGGUGAUGUUUAUUUAUAACAGUGACAUGUACAUUGCAUUAACUCAAUUGGCUGGCACUUGAAUUUCAAGCCAUUCUGUCAUCUAUAAAUCCAUUUGGAAAAGAUAAAUAAAUAAUAAUAAUAAUAAAUCCUUGACAGUAGAUUUUUAUGUCAGUAUGUCUUUACUGGAUUAGCUGUUGGAAGAGAAUUAGUUAAAGUUUGUGUGCCUUCAAAAGGGGUGUCUGCGCAUCACCCGUCCCUCUUAGGGAUUCAGGUGUCAGUGCCACGCAUUUAUUGACAGCCGAUAUGUUAUGAUGAACCUUCUGGUGGGUCUGUGAGAGAGGGGGCUGAAAAACCAAGGAGAGAGAAUGAUGAGAGAGAUGACAAUCCAGACAGAGAACUGAGAUAAGUACUACGUGAGAAACUGGAAAUACUCGGAGUGAACAAGAAGGCCAAAUUACUGGCUGGACGGAUGGAGUUACAUCCAUAAACAAACGACUGUCCUCGUGCAGAGGACUCAAGGAUACCUGGUCUACUGGACAAAUCCUGGUUGUCACAGCGACAUCAAACAGAAAGCCAACACCUGCUACACUGUUCCUGUUAUAUUAGACACAUGGACUCUGCAAAAUGACUGAUGACUGAAGUCUUAUACUUAUCAUCCUAAACAAAUACUCUGCAAAUAACUGCCUUACCUGAAACUGCCUUAAUUACCGGAUACAUUGCAACAAGGAACAUAUUACGCAAAGGCAAAACAAAAAAGCAAAGGUGGGGUACAGGACUCCUCCUGACACAUUAACCUCUCCAGGGCAUGUCUAACCCUUCUCCAUUGCCAAGGGAAACUACACCGUCUGCAAAUACACCGUUACCCAAUCAUCCCUGAAACUGAAGCUAAACUCGAGUAUGCCAGAGAAAGUGUGCAAGUUUCAAGGUCAGUGUUAUCAUAAGCUGAAGAGAUCAUGUCUGAGGCGAGGAGCUCUGUUCCAAGAUCCAUUCUUUCCUCCUUCAGCUGAGUCACUGUUCUACAAAAGAACGCCCCCUCCAGGACUGACGUGGAAGAGACCCAGGGAACUGUGUAAAGACCCUCGACUAUUUGUGGAUGGAAUCAGCACAAGGGAUCUGCACCAGGGCAGUCUGGGUAACUGCUGGAUGGUGGCAGCCACGUCAUGUUUGGCAGCAGAAUCCUCACUCUGGAAGAAGGUAAUCCCAGACCACGCUGAACAGGAGUGGCACCCAAAGCGCCCGGAUCAGUAUGCUGGAAUUUUCCACUUUCGUUUCUGGCGACUGGGCCAGUGGACAGAUGUUGUGGUGGAUGACCGUUUACCAGUCAGCGAGGAUGGAACGCUGCUCUUCUGUCGUUCUGCAACACCACGGGAAUUCUGGAGUGCUUUGCUGGAGAAAGCCUACGCCAAGCUCAAUGGGUGUUAUGAGGCUCUAGAGGGAGGUAAUACAGCCGAAGCUCUUGUUGAUUUUACUGGUGGCGUCUCUGAACCACUGAGUCUGAACCAGGAGGAGCUGAUCGAUCACGCUGACCAGAGAAAAAUGCUGUUCCAGACACUAGCCCAUGCCCACAGUCACAAAGCACUCAUCACUUGUUCCAUUCGGCCAGCAGAAGGAGAGCAGGUAGAAUCAGUUCUUGACUGUGGACUGAUAAAGGGUCAUGCAUACGGUGUGACUGCAGUCAGGAAACUCCGUAUGUCAGAGACUCUGCAUGGCAUAUGUAAUGCAGGUCGUUUGUACAUGGUGCGGAUGAGGAACCCCUGGGGCACGGCAGACUGGACAGGAGCUUGGAGCCUGGGGUCUCCACAGUGGCAGCAGCUUAGCCGCAGAGAAAGGGAGAAGAUGGGCCUUAUUGUCCGAGAUGUUGGAGAGUUUUGGAUGGAGUUUGAGGACUUCUGCCGUUACUUCACAGACAUGGUGGUGUGUAGGUUGGCAGAAAAAUCCCUUCUCUGGUCACAGACUCACUGGAAGGAGGUGUGCUGUCAGGGGGCUUGGACCUACACUACUGGGAUCCCACUUCCUUCCUCAUCUUCUUGUCGUCUGAACAUCAAGAACCAGAGGCCUUCAACAGGGCCCCAAUGGUCCAAACAAAGGCCAGCUCAAAGACUAGAUAAAAAAGAGCAAAGACUGAAUGAAAGAAAGAAGGAGGGACCAAUCCAAAGAGAAAAACAGAAAAAGAAAGAGAGUGCAGAAGUAAAACCAAAGCAAACGAAGGGAGGAAAAGAGCGUGUGAACAGACAUGAAGGAGGUGUGGGGAUGAGAUGGGAGAGGCAAAUUGACAGAAGAAGUCGAUGUGGAGGAUGUAUCAAUCACAGAGACACGUUUCUACACAACCCCCAGUUCAUUUUUGAACUGGUUGGAGAUGGGGCAGAGGUGUUGAUAAGUCUGCAACAGGAGGACAGGAGGAUGAAAAGGAGGGAGGGAAGUGGGGAGAACCUACCAAUUGGCUUUGAGGUUUUAAAGGUGGAGGUGAAUCGUGUGUGUCGUGUUCAGUGUUUAUGUGAGCAGGCUGCUAGCUCUGUGUAUAUGGACUCCCGUAGCGUCACCUUACGAGUGACUCUCGGUCCUGGACGCUACGUCAUCCUCCCCACUACUUUCCAGCCUGGUGCCACUGGUCGGUUCCUUCUGCGUUUUUUCUCACACUCACAUGUCCGCCUCAGGGAGUUGAAGGAAGAGCUACCUGCUCCUUCAUUGUGGCAGUGUUGUAUUCCUGAGCCCAGUGCUGUAACUACAGUUCAUCUGCUCAAAGCAUCUGGCCUUAGCCAUCCCAAACAAACAGCUCCUGAUGUGUAUGCUGUCAUCCGGUGUGAGGAAGACUCUGUUAGGACUAGAAUUUUCAAAAAAGAUGGAAGCCCUGAAUUCAACACCAAAGCCAUCUUUUACAGCAGGAACCCAAAGUCAAAAAUCUCCAUUGAGCUGUGGAGAAGAGGCAUACUGUUGGACUCAUUCCUGGGUGGAGCACGACUUCAGACAGGAGGAAAUGAACGAGGACAAAACAGAGUGAUUGACUUGCAGGGUGGCCAGUCGCAGGGCUGUGUUUUUGUAGAGACCUCCUCUAGCCAGUGCCUGACAGACCUGUGACUGACAGGUGAGCUCAGGGUAAUGACUGAUGAUAGAUUAUCAUUGGACCGAACAAGACAAACUACAUUUCACAACUAAACUUCAGGAUAGAACAGCACGAUGAACUUCUUACAGGGACAAUCUCCCUCGAGCACCCGUGGAUUAUUCUUUGCUCAAGGUCACAAUAGUAAUGGUGGUUUGUGCUAAAGUCAUCAAAUCUGCUGGCCAGAUAAGGAAAAUAUGAAGAAUGUGUUGGUUAGUGAUAAUGUUUUGUUCCAACAAAUAUGAUUACACUAUAAGAAAAAAAAAAUCUCGACAAAAUGCAAUGCGGAAUUCAAAAUAUGAGUAAAACACCUGUGGAAGAGGAAAUUCCUUCAUACUAACAGUACAUGCCCCUAUAUUUACAGACUUUUCUUAGAGUGCACUAAAUAUAAUCAUAGUAAUCUACUAUUCAAUUUGACAGGGUGGUAAUGGUUGUUCAUUUAUCUCAGGGAGCCUUUAAGGGCUCGAUACUAACAUCUUAAAAUUACCCUUAACAUCUCUCAUUUAAAUUCUGCAAAACAUCUCGAUUUAAAUCUGUUCAAGUUUAUUUGUAUAGCGCUUUUCAUAAUACAUAUUGUUUCAAAGUAGCUUUACAGAAAAAGCUUGUUUAAUCUUUAAAUGAAUCUGUGAACCUGCCAAAACUCUUAGUUUUGUACUGAUUUGAACAGUAAUAAAUAUUUCAGUCAGUUUUGUAUUUGUGUGUGAGGUCCUGGUAAACCCUAUGAUGUGGGGACCAAAUGUCCCCACAAGGACGGCAGUCAUUUUUGACCUUGUGGACAUUUUUCAUCCUCUUGAGUAAAACAGCUUACAGAAGUAUGUUUUUUGAAAAUGUAAAAAUGCAGAAGGGUUCUGUAAUGUGUAGGGUUAAGGUUGGGGGAUAGAAUAUACAGUUUGUACAGUAUAAAAAUCAUGUCUAUGGAAAGUCCUCAUAAAGUAUGGAAAACCAA